AUGAACAAUACGAAGUCAAAAGUUGCGCCAUAUAGUCUUCUAGAAGUGAUGCUCCAAAUUAAUUCUAAUGUUGGCUACAAAGGUUUUGAAUGGCUUAAUGAAAACACAUCAACGAAUCGCAAACUGUUUGGAUUAUCUACAUCAAAAUUCAUUCAAGCUUUAUCAGAUGUUAAGGUGAUGCUUCAAAUUAAUUCUGAUGUUGGCUACAAAGAUUUUGAAUGGCUGAAUGGAAACACAUCAACGAAUCGCAAUUCCUUGGAUUAUGUACAUCAAAAUUCAUUCAAGCUUUAUCGGGAAAGAUUGAAUAGACAAACAAUUUUUUCAACAAACUGAAAGCUUUUCGUUGAAGUUUAUGACUUUGUAAAUGACAUCAUUAUCAAGGUGAUUUGUGGAAGAAAUUUCUGCAACAAAAAUGCAGAGGAAAAAUGAAAUUUGUGAAAACACAUUUUGAUUGAAUUGACGUUGUUUAUAGAAGUAUUAUUCACCCCUUUAA